ACCUUUGACGCACACAAACGUGUGACGCGUCUAAAUAUUUGAUGACAAAACCUAUCGCUCGCCGUAGCGUAAUGCUGGCAAUGCUUUGAGACAUUUAGGCUCUCUCCCUUGGUCAUUGGCUGUAGUUACAUAAAGGAGCGAAGUUUGGCGUUGCGCAAACGGUGCGUUUAGUGAGGCGAGGGCGCCACCUUGUGGCCACAUUGCUCAAGUUUUGGAACCGUACAGUGCAUUUACGUUAGCAUACGGAUUUAUUUAUAAACCACACGUGUGGCGCAUACAGUAGGGGACAUGGAAUGAGAUGGUGUUUGUGUGUGGGGGCGCACAGAAGCUUGUGUAGAUGUUGAGCAGGUGGUGCUGAUGGCCGGCGUUGUACGGUUGCGUGACCCCCGUGCCCAGGAGGAACCUCUGCUGAGGGACAACCCUCGCCGCUUUGUGAUCUUCCCCAUCGAGUACCCAGACAUCUGGCAGAUGUACAAGAAGGCAGAGGCUUCCUUCUGGACAGCUGAGGAGGUGGACCUGUCCAAAGAUCAGCAGCACUGGGAGCAGCUGAAGCCAGAGGAGCAACACUUCAUCUCCCACGUCCUCGCGUUUUUUGCUGCCAGCGACGGCAUCGUCAAUGAGAAUCUGGUGGAGCGCUUCAGCCAGGAAGUGCAGAUCACAGAGGCACGAUGCUUCUAUGGCUUCCAAAUCGCAAUGGAGAACAUCCACUCGGAGAUGUACAGCCUUCUCAUCGACACGUACAUCAAGGACCCUACCCAGAGGGAGUUUCUCUUCAACGCCAUCGAGACUCUGCCGUGCGUCAAGAGGAAGGCAGACUGGGCGCUCCGCUGGAUCUCCGACAGUAACGCCACCUUCGGUGAACGCGUUCUGGCCUUUGCUGCUGUCGAGGGCAUCUUCUUUUCGGGGUCGUUUGCCUCCAUCUUCUGGCUGAAGAAGCGUGGUCUCAUGCCCGGCCUCACAUUCUCCAAUGAGCUCAUUAGCCGUGACGAGGGUCUGCACUGCGACUUUGCGUGCCUCAUGUUCCGCCACCUGGUGCACAAGCCCGAGGAGUCGCGUGUACAGCAGAUCGUGAUGGACGCCGUGAUCAUUGAGCAGGAGUUUCUGACUGACGCGCUGCCCGUCAACCUUAUCGGCAUGAACUGUGACCUCAUGAAGCAGUACAUCGAGUUUGUGGCCGACAGGCUGCUUGGAGAACUCGGCUGUGCCAAGGUGUACCGUGCGGAGAACCCCUUCGACUUCAUGGAAAAUAUUUCGCUGGAGGGGAAGACCAACUUCUUCGAGAAGAAAGUGGCCGAGUACCAGAAAAUGGGCGUCAUGUCUAAGGUCGACCACCAGUUCACGCUGGACGCAGACUUCUAAAGCCGCCGCUUGAGCUUCCGAGGGAGGAGGGCAAGCGGGGAGGCGCACGUGGGCAAGAGGGGCGGGCCAAAGCGAUUUGACCGCCUAACCCUGGGCCACGGCACUCCCGCCUGCACCCGCGCUAACGACACGGUGCAGUCGUGAGAUUGAGCGCUGCGGUGCAGGAGAAACGCGGGAGGUGAUUUCCGUGCCUGCGGCUUGCUUGUCGAGGUGGAUGCAGAAGCGGAGGCUGGUUUUCUUAGGAGCACCCUGAUUUUAUUUUUGCUGUUAUCAUCUUGUCUUUUUAGGCCAAAAGUUUAGUUCUUGAACAGGCAUGGAGGCUGAAGCAUUUUACCCCUCCCCCCCCCCCCCCCCACUUUUUUUAAAGGCUACCAUAAGUUGCUCAGUCCAUGCUAUGUAUUUUUAUUUCAACGGAUGAACUCGGUCGAUUCCGUUAUUUUCCUGCAGCGCAGACUGAAUGAGAGUUUUCAUUAUUCCGAUUUGAGUGGUUGGUUGAUGUCGGGCUGUGUUGCUAUUCUGCGUUGACGCAAAACAAUCAGCUCCAUGCAACCGAGCAGCAAAAAAUGCAAAGCAUAUUUUUUGUAAUAAUAACAAAAUUGUGUUUGUUCGGAGAUACAGAUACCUGGAUGGCAAAGAUAUGGGGUGAAACGUAGCUGCGUUUGGCAGCUGUGGUGAAAGUGUUUGGCAAUUAACUGCAUGAGGGUUAUUCAAUCCGAAACGGGUUCGUCCAGAGAUCCGUUGGUCUUCUGAAGUUUUUUUUUAAUAAGUGCCCAUGGUUUUUUUCUGGCGUGGUGAAAUGUGUUAAUGAUGUUUGCAGAUAUCGUGUGUGUGUGAGACGCUCAUCAACAGCAUUGGAGGUCACAUGUAUGAGCGGCCGGCAAGCGAACUGAGCUUUCCAUUUAUUUGCAAGCAAAGAAGCUGGCACUUUGACCCAUGCUGGUUUGCCAAGAAAUUCUUCCCACCGAGUUCAUACGGUCGCUCUACUGAGCGCGAGUAUUCGUUGCGUGAAGAGAGGUCUGUGCUGCUGAUGCGAUGGGAUUAUAGAGUGGUGUCCCAGCUUGUUGCUAAUGCGGAUCAUCUGUGCGGUAACUAGACUCGUGCACACACAUGCACAACUUUCCAUCGAGCACUUUUUCAAACGUGCUGCGAUCAAGUGCAGAUGUUCACUACAACACGUAUACUGUAGUGCGCGGUGUCCUGAGCUGCUAUGUGCACAAGGUGAGGCAGUUGUCUUUUCUCAGCACUUGAAAAAUCGUUUGCAGAUGUGCCUGGGUGCUGGAGUCCAGUCUGUGUACAACAUCUGUGAAGAUGAACAAUGAACUAAUAUUGAGUUGUCAUGUUAACAGCCUGAGGGCACAGUGGUUGCAAAGUCGGAUCGCAGGCCUGUGGUGUAUUUAUAAUCCUUAAUAAAGGCGAAAUUGUUGGCGUUAUCACUUCACCAGCACGAGUGUUUUAAAAUAAGGCAAAGUCUAAAUAUGUGGAGGCUGGUGGCAAUGAUGAUAAUGUUGUGCAUGUCCUCUGUUGGGCUUGCACAAUCUGAGGUUAUCCUAACAAAGCUGUCAUGUAUGUUCCACUUUUGCAUGUUUCAUCAGGAUGCUAGUUGGCUGAGGGUAUUUUCGAGUCAACACGUCCUUAUCAGUUGCUGCUGUUACCGCUUUGUUGCGGCAAAGCUAAACGUUCAGUGCAAAUCUCAGUUUCUGAAAGGUGCCUAUUAGCGGUGACGUCCUGUGUCCACAUGUUGUGGGUGAUGUAUUAACAUGAAGACUCGUGAAAGCUGGACUCCAUCCAGGCUAAUUUAUCUUUUACGUUUUGUAUCCAUGUUGUAGCCAAAAGUUUUAAAUAAAAAUGACUGGCAUUAAUUUCGA